AUGACCCGAUCUAUCGCCACAGCGGCAGCGCGGCUCGCGCGGCGCGGCACGUCCGUUAUAAGGAGCUCUCAUCAGCAGCAUCGUCGACCUUCGUUACAAUCACACUUUGCUUCCCAUCCGCCUCGAUACAAUCACACCCCGGCGAGCACCGCGUCUCUGGCGCCGUUGCUCUCUCUGCGGUCGCGAUUUUUCUCGGCUGAUGCACAGAACGCUUCGAGUGCUGAAAUCGAACGUGCUUCUAACGAAAGUGCUGCGGUGAAGACCGCUUUCGCGCAGAAGGCCCCUUCCCCUGAAACCGACGAGCCAAUCACGCUGGAUGUGAAGGGAGUGGAGAUGAAAGGGCGGCCGCUGUACCUCGACAUGCAGGUGCGUCUAUGGGAUUGCGUACGCCACACCUGUGCGGCUGGGAGUGGAAGGGAGCCUCUCCUUCCCGCACCACCUGACCUGUCUCUCCCCCUGCUUCUCCCCUGCUUCUCCCCUGCUUCUCCCCUGCUUCUCCCCUGCUUCUCCCCUGCUUCUCCCCUGCUUCUCCCCUGCUUCUCCCCUGCUUCUCCCUGCUUCUCCCCUGCUUCUCCCCUGCUUCUCCCCUGCUUCUCCCCUGCUUCUCCCUGCUUCUCCCCUGCUUCUCCCCUGCUUCUCCCCUGCUUCUCCCCUGCUUCUCCCCUGCUUCUCCCCUGCUUCUCCCCUGCUUCUCCCCUGCUUCUCCCCUGCUUCUCCCCUGCUUCUCCCCUGCUUCUCCCCUGCUUCUCCCCUGCUUCUCCCCUGCUUCCCCCUUGCUCCUCCCCUGCUUCUCCCCUGCUUCUCCCCUGCCUCUCCCCUGCUUCUCCCCUGCUUCUCCCCUGCUUCUCCCCUGCUUCUCCCCUGCUUCUCCCCUGCUUCUCCCCUGCUUCUCCCCUGCUUCCCCCUUGCUUCCCCCUUGCUUCUCCCCUGCUUCUCCCCUGCUUCUCCCCUGCUUCUCCCCUGCUUCUCCCCUGCUUCCCCCUUGCUUCCCCCUUGCUUCUCCCCUGCUUCUCCCCUGCUUCCCCCUUGCUUCUCCUCUCUUCUCCCCUCUUCCCCCUCUUAACCCCCUUCCCCCAGGCCACCUCCCCAGUAGACCCAAGGGUCCUAGACGCCAUGCUGCCGUUUUUCACGGAGCAGUACGGCAACCCGCACUCGCGCACGCACCUACGCCAUGCUGCCGUUCUUCACGGAGCAGUGCGGCAAUCCGCACUCGCACACACCUGUCUUUCCCCACCGCCUUUGUUUCUCCCCUGCUUGUCGCCCCCAUCUCUACCAUCCCAGGCCACCUCCCCCGUGGACCCAAGGGUCUUAGACGCAAUGCUGCCGUUCUUUACAGAGCAGUACGGCAACCCGCACUCGCGCACGCACCUGUAUGGGUGGGAGAGUGAGGGGGCGGUGGAGGCAGCACGGCAGCAGGUGGCGUCUCUGAUCGGUGCCAGCCCCAAGGAGAUCAUCUUUACUUCUGGGGCGACUGAGUCGAACAACAUUGCCAUCAAGGGCGUGGCGCAUUUCUACAAGGACAAGAAGCGCCACGUCAUCACCACUCAAACCGAGCACAAGUGUGUGUUGGACUCGUGCCGGCACCUGCAGCAGGAGGGCUUCGACGUGACUUACCUCCCCGUCGGCUCUGACGGUCUCGUCGACCUCGAAACCCUAAAAGCCGCGAUCCGCCUGGACACGGUUCUCGUUUCGAUCAUGACCGUUAACAACGAGAUUGGCGUCAUCCAGCCGCUCGCCAAAAUCGGGCAGCUCUGCCGGGCAAACAAAAUCUUCUUCCACACCGACGCUGCGCAGGCAGCGGGGAAAAUCCCGUUAAGUGUCGACGAGCUAAACAUCGAUCUUCUCUCACUUAGCAGCCAUAAGAUCUACGGUCCGAAGGGGGUUGGCGCUUUGUAUGUGCGCCGCCGACCCAGAGUGAGGCUCGAGCCUCAGAUGAGCGGUGGAGGCCAGGAACGGGGUCUCAGGUCCGGUACCGUACCUACCCCGCUGGUGGUUGGGCUAGGUGCGGCAUGCGCCGUCGCCGAAGCUGAACUAGAACGCGAUUACCGCCACGCAGAGCACUUAAAGGAGAGGCUUUUAAAGGGGAUAACGUCGCAGCUGGAAGGGGUGGUGAUCAACGGCUCUGAUGAACCCGGGAAGCGGUACCCGGGCAAUCUGAACCUCUCGUUUGCGUAUGUGGAGGGGGAGAGCCUGCUUAUGGGGUUGAAGGAGAUCGCGGUGUCGAGUGGGAGUGCAUGCACGAGCGCGAGUCUCGAGCCCAGCUAUGUGCUGCGGGCGCUGGGCGUGGAGGAGGAGAUGGCUCAUACCUCCAUUCGGUUCGGAUUCGGGCGAUUCACCACUGAAGAAGAGGUGGACAGGGCUGUGGCCCUGACAGUGCAUCAGGUGCAGAGGCUGAGGGACAUGAGUCCGUUGUGGGAGAUGGUGCAGGAAGGCAUUGACAUCAAGACCAUUCAAUGGUCGCAGCACUGA